UUUCCGUGGUCAUAUCGAGCUAGUGCACACGUGUCAAAAUGUCACAUUUUCUCAUCGCUCUAAUCGCAAGUUGCGUAUUAAUUUUAAAUCAAAGUGAAGCUGCAAGAAUAUUGGGUGUGUUUCCAGUCGCUUCUAUUAGCCAUCAAGUCGUGUUUCGCCCUAUAACACAAGAACUCGUAAGAAGAGGUCAUACAGUAACAGUAAUUACACCAGAUCCAGCUUUCCCGAAAGGGGAAACACCUCAGAAUCUAACAGAAAUCGAUGUCCAUGAUAUAUCGUACGAUGUCUGGAAUGAAAAGUUUAUGUCAAUUUCGAAGGGAAAGAAGAGCGAUUUGUAUCAACAUAUAGAAAGGUAUCUGGAAUCAAUUGUAUAUAUGUUCGAUGCUCAACUUCAAGAUAAAAAUGUAAGAAAUCUAAUUGAAGAUAAAAGUAAACAGUUUGAUUUGAUAUUGCUAGAAUCAUCAGCAAGACUUGGAUUAAUAUUUUCCCAUAUUUAUAAAGCUCCAGUGAUUAUGAUAAGUUCGUAUGGAGGUAGUUUUGACAAUUAUGACGUAGUUGGUGCACCAAGGCAUCCAUUCCUCUACCCUAUUUGCGUUCGUCAAAGACUUCACAAUCUAUCUUUAUGGGAGAAGAUCACCGAACUAUACCUUCACCUAAGAUCCGAAGAAAUGGCUGCAAGUAACUAUGCUAAGGAAAAUGCUAUACUGAGAAAACAUUUUGGUUCUAAUAUCCCCAAGAUUGAAGAACUGAAUAACAAUGUUCACAUGCUUUUCUUAAACAUUAAUCCAGUAUUUGAGGGGAUUCGACCGGUACCACCAACGGUGGUGUUUAUGGGUGGUCUGCAUCAGAAGCCAGUAAAAGAGCUACCGAAGGACCUCAAAAACUACUUAGACUCAUCUAAAAAUGGUGUGAUAUACCUAAGUUUUGGUACAAAUGUGGAUCCUACGCAACUGCCAUCAGACUUCAUACAAACUCUCAUCAAUGCGUUAUCAAAAUUGCCUUAUGACGUGCUAUGGAAAUGGAAUGGAGAUGAAUUGCCUGGACGGACUGAAAAUAUCAGAAUUUCUAAGUGGUUGCCACAGUCAGAUUUACUUAGACAUCCAAAAAUCAAAUUGUUCAUUACACAAGGAGGUCUACAGUCAACAGACGAGGCUAUAAUAGCAGGAGUACCUCUAAUAGGUAUUCCUAUGUUAGGAGAUCAAUGGUUUAAUGUAGAAAAGUACAUUUACCACAAAAUUGGAUUGGGUCUUGACAUGGAAACUGUUACUGAGGAAGACUUAAUUAAUGCCGUUAAAAACAUUAUCCAUGAUGAAAGUUACCGUCAAAACAUUAUUAAGCUACGCAAUGCAAUGCAUGACCAGCCUCAAUCUCCUCUAGAGCGCGCCGUGUGGUGGACGGAGCACGUGCUGCGUCACGGCGGCGCGAGACAUCUGCGUGGACCUGCAGCGAACAUGUCGUGGGCAGAGUACCUCGAACUAGAAUUAGUGUUUACCUUACUAUUCACUUUAUUAGUUGUAAUAACAAUAUUGAUUGUGUCUUUAAGAUUUAUGUUAAAAGCCUUACAUCAACGCGUAAAUCAGUACAUCAAAUUGAAACAAAGCUGAUUGUAAAUUUAGCUGCUUAUUUAUGCUUUUGUGGUAUUUGUGCGUCCAUAAUGUUGUUCAAGAUUGUAAAUAAGAAUGUUGUGUGAAUAAAGAACUGCC